CCUGGAGGGAUCCAAAGGGACCCCUACUUGGAAUAAUUAACUUAUGUGUAGUUUACUUACAUUAACUAGUAUAGUACCUGUGCAUUUGCUCGGUUUAAAAAGUUAGAAUAUUAAUUCUUUAUUAAUUUGAAAUCUAAUAAAAUACGGACGGAGUAUUUGAGAUGAUCUGAUAAAACAAAUAAUGAGCGCCGGAAAUUCAACUACCUUUUUGCACCCAAAUAUCUAACAGAUUUGUCUAACCUAUUUUCUUAACGCACAAGUAAAUCUAGACUGCCUAUAUAUACGUACGCUAAUAAGUUUAAAAUCAAUUCGUAAAACUUAAGCUUUUAGUUUUUGUAAUUUCAAUUAGUCUACUUUUACCCUCCUCAAAACUCAAACUCAGACUAAUUACGUUAUGAGUCAUCACCACCACCACCAUGGUCAUCACCAUCACGAGAAAAGAGCACGUAGACCCUGCGAAGGAGCUAAAUCACCACAAAACCCUUGAAUUUAUUGGAGAGACGGCUGCCAUUGCUGCUACUGCUUAUGCCUUGUAUGAAAGACAUGAAGCAAAGAAAGACCCAGAGCAUUCUCACCAACACAGGUUAAGAGAAGAGAUUGCAGCUACCAUUGCGGUUGGAGCUACCGGGUUCGCCAUACAUGAGAACCACAAGAAGAAUGAAGCAAAACAUGAGCUACAAUCAUCCCACUCCCACCACCAUGGUCACCACGAGAGCCACCAUGAGAGCCACCGUGGUCACCAUAAGAGCCACCAUGGUCACCAUGGAAGCCACCAUGAGAGCCACCACGGCCAUCAGUCCCAUCAUCACCAUCAUUAAUGGACUGGCGCUUUUGAGGUUCUGGACUAGCAUACAAUUAACCCUAUGUAUUAUCCAAGUAUCAGUGCUUUAAGCUAGGGUUCACUUUCACUAGUAUUAUUUUCGUUCCUUUUUGUUUACGUGGUCAAAGUAAAAACAAAGUGGAUUAAAUUGUUGUUACAUUUCAGAGUCCUAUAUCGUAUUAUUUGAUUUCAA